GCACAUGGAGACUAACAAUGGCGGCCCCACUGGCUGUCAGGAGAGAGGCCUGACCUCUGAAGAGAAGGGGGAUGAUAUCACAAAGCAAAGAAGGCUUUAUUGUGUCCUCUCGUGACACUAAAUUGAAUUAUCUUAGCAUUAUUAGAACACUACAAGAAGUAAGCAGAUAAAUGGAAUUGUAUUCCUUUAAAAAUACUUUAGAUUUAUUGAUGUAGUUUUACAUGGAUGGAUGUUUGCUGGAGCUGUUUGUCUGUGCCACCAGUACAUGUGUGCCCAGUGUGCAGCAGUGGCGUGUAGAAGAGGCAAUCGGGUCAUCUGGUCUGGCGUCCUUGAUAGCUGUGAAGCACCUGUCGUGCAGGUGCUGGGAACGGAACCUGGGACCCCUGAAGAGCAGUAAGUGGUCCUAAGUGUUGUACCACCGCUCUGGGUAACCGUAAUUUUGGUUAGGAGGUCUGCUUUCUCUGAUAGAUACUGACUGUUGCACUAGGAUUUUUUUUUUUUUGAUAGCUUGACUUAUUUUUGUUGUCGUUUCUGUUGUAUUUAAUGCUUUGGCUUGCCUGUUGCUGUCAAAUGGUUUUUACCAGAGAAAAGUAAGUCUGUCCCUGUUGCUGGAGUCCUCAGCCCUCUGCUCUUAACUUGUGCUACUACUGUAAGGUAGCCAAGACUGGAGUAGUGGCGGUAACUUUACUCAGUAGGCAGCUUGCUUCAUCCAGUCUGCUACAUGGCCUUAGUUACCAGUGCAUUGGGAAAUGUGGCCGGGCUACUUCUGACUCCGCCCAGAGGUGACUACCACAUUAAAGAAUUAGCAGCCCUAGUCCCUAGCUCAGCCUCCCCAUUGGUGCUGUAGCCAGAGUCUCAUAGCCAAGAUUUAACUUCUGCUGCUUGGCAAAAUGCCACUUGAUUCCCAGGCCACAAGCACUUUAGCAUUUCAGUUUGGGAUGAGAAAUACUUGGGAAGCUGCCACCUUCCAUAAUUUGAGUUCUGAUGGAGGUAUGGGGCUUAGUGAGGAACCAUGGCCUCGUUUAGUGAGGGGGGUAUUAUUUGAAAGUUAUAAUGGACCUGACAAAUUCUCCCUGAUAAUUUCUGGUUUAAGUGUGUUGAAGCAUUGAGAAAAAGUGACAGGGAGCACUGAGUACUGGCGAAAGCAGUACAAUCUAGUGCUACUGUUACCUAAAGCCUCCUCAUGGGGUAUGUAGGCCAUUUACCACCCAGAAAAGGGCCAGAAUCAACUAGAUUUUUGGGAGUAGUAUCCUCAUUUUUUGUUCUGUACGAACUUGUCAAGGGUCAAACUUCUCAGCGUACAGUGCUCUAGACAAGAGCAGCGAGCCAUGUGGUUCGGGCAGCAGCAGCAAGCUACGUAGUGUCAUUUUCAAGUUGAUUUUCAUAAUGGCCCACAGAAAGCGCAGAAAACGAGAGUGUGUACUUAUUCCAUCCAUUGUGACAUUUAGUCGUCCUUUGUGUUUGUGGCAGGGUUUGAUGUCCCUGAAGGUAUCUAUGCUUUGUCUAAAGCAUAGUGUGGGACCUUGUGCGAUCGCUUGAACAGUAUAACCAAGUAGCUGUAGACUUUUGGGCCCAGAAUUCUAAAUCACCUUGUCCAGUUUCUCCUUAGCUUUUUGAUUCCUUCCUCUUGGUGUGUUCAAUGCCCUCUGGCUUUUCAUUUACUGUGCCUUUGAUUUGCACAGCAAAAACAUUUACUAUUGAAUAUUCUUUUUUUUUUCAGUUGUUACAUCUCUGUCCUGGUGGAGAAGAGUCCGACCCCCCCUUUUUUUUUUACGGGGAAUGAAAAUGAGCCUCAGGGAGACUAAUCGAUUUGUCCAAGGUCACACAACAUAACCAGCUGUCCCACCAGGGUCAGAUGUGUCAUGGCUCAGGGCAAAUCCUUUAGUUACCCAGUGAGAGCUGAGGGUAAGCAAGGCACUGUGGAAAACUAUAAAGAAGAGGCCAAGGGGGCAUUGCUGUCACCUUCAAGAGGUUAUAUGUUCAUAGAGGACCUGGGAUGUGCUGCUCACACUCAGAAUCCUAUGGUGACUCAUCCUGAGAUGAGUAUGAGAUGCACUCACAGAAUUCAGCAAAAAGGGAUUGAUUCAGAAGUUCAGGAAGACUUCGUAAGAGGAACAUUUUUUUCAGAGCUUAAUUAGGGACACUUUCAGAAGUAGGAGCAGGGCUACAGUACUCAGUUACAUGGUUCCCUUUUCUAGCCACCCUUGAAUUGGUUAUGUAGGUGUAGCUGCUGGCUCUCUCGACAGUCAGAGCCGUUGCCACCAACUCCUACCAUGGAGCCUCGUCUUAUCAGUGUGGGGAUAACUAUAGUUCUUCCAUGAAAUUCUUGGGUGUGUUGAGGGACGUAGGUUGUAGUCUGCUUAAGUCCUGGAAUCCCUAAGCACUCCAGUCCUGUUUUGUUUUUAUCCAUUGUGAGACUGUAUACUCCUUGAAAGUUUAAUAAAAGCCCUGUGCUCAGGUGGUCUGCCACAUCAGCUUUAAAGAAAGACUUCUGCCACUAAGCGUGAUGAUCCACACUCGAUCCCCAGAACCCACAUAGCUGAAGAAGAAACGGUCUCUGGCCUUCUUCUCAUGCCCACAGUGUGGCAUACAACAUAGUAAUGUUAAAACAAAACAAAAGGCCCUGAGCGCUCAGUUUCAUCAGAACUUUUAGAACUUUUAGAAACUUACAAGUGUUAUAACUUGUAGGAUUUCUGACCUGUGAAACCUGUCUGUGAGUCUCUCUGCGUAGUUACAGGCCUUCCAGUUUUAUGCUGAUAAUCUGCGGCUUCUCUCCACCCAGUCUUAUGGGUCCAGCUGCUUAGAUGGUCUACAGAAGUGCCAAGGGCCCAUGCCAGCAUUUUACCCUUCAGACUUGGUCUCCCUGUUGCGCCCUCAAGUGGACAGUGCUGAGCUACCCUUCUUCAGUGGCUUGAGAAUACUGGUUUCCUUAUUCUGCACACGCAGUAACCAAAACAAACCCUGUCAGUUUACCACCUCAGUGGCUCUCGACUGUUGGCCCUCUCCUGCCUUUGUUUGGAAUGCUGGAGCUGUUAACUGGUCUCUCAGUACAGCCUUGCAAAGAUCUCUUUGUGAACAGAGCCAGGCAGCUUUUCUGAACUGAAAAGCUCUGGACUGACGUUGUUGGUUCUGCUGUGUCGCUGUGCUCUUAGUAGCGCCUAGGCCUUUCCCCUUGGCUCAGCAGGGUUAGUGGUCAUGUGGCAUUGGCACAUCUGUCCAGGACACAUGCUGCCACAUCCCUCAUUCAGCCACUGCCUCAGCUUUGCCGGACUUUUGUGUCCCCACUUGUCCCCAAGACCUGUUAUUCUGGGCUAGCCCCCUCCAGGAAGUCUUGGCCUUCUUUUUCACUCUACACCGAGACUAACUUCUGCUGCUUCUCCUCUCUGCCAGCUUCCCCUGGUCUCCAUCACCAGCACAGACACAGUGUGCAAGACUGUUGUGUCGUUAGCAUAAACUGGCCGCUCUUGGUUGUACUGACUUCUGCAACUGCUCAUCUCAAACUGUGUAUGGUAUGGUGGGUAGCAGGCACUGCGACUUCUGUGAGUCCAGCUACUCCUCCUCGCGUGGGAUCGCCUUGUGUAUGAAAUUUAAGACUAGCUGUAGUAGCACCUGUUCCUAAUCUCAACACUUGGGAAGCCGAGGCAGGAUGACUUCACGUUGGAGAGCAGUGGGGGCUACAGAACAAGUUCCAGGCUGGCCAUGGAUGCAGAGUGAAAGCCUUUGCCAACAAACCAAAAACAAGCAAACAGAAAAUGGAAAAUUAGGUAAAGGUGUUUGCCUAAAGGCUGAAGACCUCAGUGUGAUAGGUUGGGAGAAAAAUUGUAUGAUCGUUACACAAACAGAUGUAACGGGAGAAAGCAAAAAUCAUAUUUUGAAAUAUAAAUAUAAUCUGAGCUCAAUUUUGUUAAAGUAUCAUGGUCACCAAACACUGUUUCUUAUGUGUGUGGUGGGUACAUCGAUGUUGAAUGAACAGAAAUACUUUGCAGAUAAAGUCCACAGCAUAUGUCAGCUGAUGGAUUGGGACAAAGGCAAGACAACUACUCAGCUCUUCAGUUACCUGACACUUUUGUAAUCACCCAGGUGGCUCUCAAAGAAUAAUCCUAAAAUGUCAUUGUGUAGUCCCUGGGAAUAGAACCAGUCUCAGGAAAUUAGACACACUUAACACACAUAUACUCACUACCUUAUAAUAUAUAUUUAAGAGUAAGAAUCGGGGCUGGUGAGAUGGCUCAGUGGGUAAGAGCACCCGACUGCUCUUCCAAAGGUCCAGAGUUCAAAUCCCAGCAACCACAUGGUGGCUCACAACCAUCCGUAACGAGAUCUGACUCCCUCUUCUGGAGUGUCUGAAGACAGCUACAAUGUACUUACAUAUAAUAAAUAAAUAAAUCUUUAAAAAAAAAAAAAAAAAAAGAGUAAGAAUCAUUGAGAAGUUUCUGAUUUCAAAACGAUUCCCUGAGUUGGCUUACUAACAGGCAUAUUUCUUGAGACGUUUUGACAUAGAUUUGUGUAGGGCUGGGAUGCCUGUUUUGCUGUGUCUGAAGACAGAUUUCUCUUGCAGCAUUUAGUAGAGUCAGGACUGAAACGCCUGGGUAAACCAUUGCCUCCCUGCACCCACCCCCACCCACCGCGAGACGUGGUGAGCUGCCUUCUAUAGAGAAGCUCUCUCUAGGCCUCGUCCUUACACUCCUGCUCUCUGUUGGCCUUACUUCCCCUGUGCUUCAGCUACAAGCUGCAGUUCAGAUGCAGAGUCCUGUUGUAUGCCUGGAGUCAAAGCAUUGUUUUUACCCUGGUAAAGUUGAGAAGAACAGACAUUUGAGAGGCUGACCAGAAGCUCUCUCCAGUGAAGAAUCAAAACCCAAUACUCAUUUUGCCUCACUCUCCUAGCUAGAGCGCAGCCUGUUGUUUGGGGGUGGGGUGCUGAGUCAUGCUUUUAUUCAUGAGUUUAUCCAUGCUUUUUUAUUACCUCUGCUGGCAGAUCACCAUCCAUUGUUCAUGAGCCGCCCAGCUUGUUGACUUUUAUAAGUUACAUGUAAUCAAGCCCUCUUGCAGGUCUGGCUACCAUAACUGGCAGUCCCACCAAGCCGGGCUGACCAGUCUGCAUUUGUGCUGACUCCCAUGUUGGGUAUCUGUUCUGCUCGCCAAGUGCCCUUGCCUCCUCCACCUGUACUGCCGAUGGAAGAGAAGACACCUGCUUGGGGGUUGGGGGGGGGGGGAGCUUGCAGAUGUAAUGGGACACCUCCACAGAACUUGGUGGAGAGCUCAUUGUCCUUUAGUUUAGGAUAAAUGAAGGGUUUGAGGGAGUUCGUGAUGUCACCUGGGUCACUUCUAAAGGAAGGCUUGCUGUUUUCUUCAUUCCCUUUUCCUAGCUGAUGACUUAGCAAGUAUAGGUAAAGUCCAGAAACUUUGAAAAACAAAAGGUAAGCGCUGUGUUAGAGCGAUGGCUGGGCAGUAAGGAGUACUUGCUGCUUUUCUAGAUGAGGGUUUUUGUUUCCCCACAGUUUGUUUCGGUGGCUCAUGGCUGCCUGUGGCUCUCAGCUCCAGGGGAUCUGCCCAUCACACAUGUGGCAUAUACAUACACAGGCAAAAAAACCACAUGCACAUAGAUAGAAUAACUUUUAAAAAGCAAAUGUUUAUAUAUUUUAUGUAUAUCUGUGCUGUUUGUGGAUAUACAUAUUUGUGUAUGUACAUAUGUGUGUACCAUGGAGGAGAAAGGUCUAUGCCAAUAUCUUCAGUUGCUCUCCACUCUGUCUGUCUGUCUGUCUGUCUGUCUGUCUAUCUAUCUGAGGCAGUAUCUCUCACUAACCUGGAACACACUAAUUGUCUAGACCAGAUGGUCAGUAGGUCCCAGGAAUCCCCCUGCCUCUGAUUUUUCUUCAUUAAAGUUACUGAUGUACACUCACAUACCUGGCUUUUUAAAAUGUGGCUACUGGGGGGUAGCUAUGGAUUACUCAGGUACUCCAGAGCAAACAUCUUACAACUGAGUCCCUGCCCCAGCCCUGGAAUCCCACAGCAAAAAUCUGAACAACCCUUAUGGUCUGAUGUAGGUGGGCCUCAGAUUAUAGUUGGGGAAAUAAUGAUCUUGGUGCAAAGGGAAAAAGAAGAAAGAAAAAUCUAGUAGAAGCAAAUAUUAUUUACAUUGUAAUAAGAAGACUAAACCAAUGGCCAGAAAGUUCCUCUUUGAUUUUCUUUUUCCUUCCUUCCUUCCUUCCUUCCUUCCUUCCUUCUUUCUUUCUUUCUUUCCCUUUUUUUUUUUGUUCCUUUGAGAUGAGAGCGGACUAGAGAAUCCUUGGGAAUACAGGUGUUUAGUUUUGCCUCUUUAGUUUCAUUUUGUUUUGCUGUUUUCUCAUUGUGAUUGACAUCAGCUUAUCCUUCCAAAAGGAUGUGCUUAAGAUGACAAAAAUAAGAGAAUAUUCAGAAUGGUUAGAACUAAAAAGUACCUAAGUAUUGCUAAGACCUCAAAAGAUGUCGAGUCAAAGAAGGAAUUAAGUUGACACUCAUUAGACAAGAAUGUGAAUCCAUUCCAACGAGGAUGCAGACUUUGUGAAUGGCUUAGAGGUGAAGAGCAGAGAGGAUUAGUUCUUCUUCAUGAGUUCUGGUUAUUCUGGUUAUAGGAUCUGAAAGCAUAUUAUUAAAGUCAUAUUUCCUGGAAUAGUUCAAAAUUCAAAUACCUUUCCCCUGCCUGUUGAAGACAGGACAACUGGCUUGUACUUCUUUUUCGUUUUCAGAUUGAUUGGUUCAGUUAGGAGCACCAGGCGGGUUGUACCUAACAACAGAAGUCAGACCUCCUAUUUUUCAACUUUUAAAAAAAAUAUAUGUGUAGACUCCAAAGUCCACACUCAAGAAUGAGAGCUGAGAGACCCAGUCUGUUAUAGGAAGUCAUCUAAGAAGUAGACCAGGCAGGAAUGGCUGUUUAAGCCUAGCAGAGGAGAGAAAGCAAUUCCUCCUGUGUCCUAAUGAAUUCCCUUUUCAUGUGGAAAGCUGGCUUUUGUUGUUGCUAAUAAUACAGGAUUUCCUUCAGAGAAUUUUUAAUGUCUUGUUCAGAUACCACACAGAGAGAUAUUGACCACAAAUAUUAAUACUGGUUUGGGAGAUAUGUUGAUGUGAUGUUGUCCCUACCUUUAUUAAACUGACCAUCUUAAUAACUCCAUCCAUCUUGGCACCGACACCUCUGCUUUUCUACUUACUGUGUUCCUUACAACUCCUAGGCCUUAGAGCGGUGCUGACUACAUUACCCGUCCUCUUCCCUCUCUUCUAUCUUCCACCCCGCCCUGCCCCCCUUUCUCCAGGGCUUACUUCCACAGGAGCACUCCAUCCUCCCAAGGACCCUGCCCAUCUGCCUACAAGAUCUGCGAGCAUCUUCGUAUCUGCCUUGCGUGGAAGAGAAGGUGGUUUGUGUUGCGCAGUGGCCGUUUGACUGGAGACCCGGAUGUCCUGGAGUAUUACAAAAACGAUCAUGCCAAGAAGCCUAUUCGGAUUAUUGAUUUAAAUUUAUGUCAGCAAGUUGAUGCUGGGUUGACAUUCAACAAAAAGGAGUUUGAAAACAGCUAUAUCUUUGAUAUCAACACCAUCGACCGGAUUUUCUACUUGGUGGCAGAUAGUGAGGAAGACAUGAACAAGUGGGUCCGUUGUAUCUGUGACAUCUGUGGAUUCAAUCCCACAGAAGAAGAUCCUGUGAAGCCGCUGACUGGCUCCUCACAAGCACCCGUCGAUUCACCUUUCGCUAUAAGUACAGCACCAGCCUCCAGUCAGAUGGAAGCUUCUUCAGUCGCGCUACCUCCUCCUUACCAGGUCAUCAGCCUUCCGCCACACCCAGACACCCUCGGCCUCCAGGACGAUCCACAAGACUACCUCUUGCUGAUCAACUGUCAAAGCAAGAAGCCUGAACCUAACAGAACCCUCUUUGACUCUGCCAAGCCCACCUUUUCUGAGACAGACUGCAAUGACAACGUCCCUUCCCACCAGACUCCUGCUUCCUCCCAGAGCAAACACGGAAUGAAUGGCUUUUUCCAGCAACAAAUGAUGUAUGACUGCCCACCGUCCCGGCUGACAUCUGUCUCGGGAGAGUCCAGCCUCUAUAACCUGCCCAGGAGCUAUUCCCAUGACGUGUUGCCAAAGGAAUCCCCAUCAAGCACGGAGGCCGACGGGGAGCUGUACACCUUUAACACCCCAUCUGGGACUGCAGGUGUAGAAACGCAGAUGAGACAUGUAUCCAUCAGUUACGACAUUCCGCCAACACCUGGCAACACUUACCAGAUCCCACGGACAUUUCCAGAAAGCACACUGGGACAGUCAUCAAAGCUGGACACCAUUCCUGAUAUCCCCCCACCUCGGCCACCAAAGCCACAUCCAACUCAUGACCGGUCUCCUGUGGAAACGUGUGGAGUCCCACGCACGGCCUCGGACACUGACAGCAGUUACUGUAUCCCUCCUCCAGCAGGCAUGACGCCCUCCCGGAGUAAUACCAUUUCCACCGUGGAUUUGAACAAGUUGCGGAAAGAUGCUAGUUCUCAAGAUUGCUAUGAUAUUCCACGGACCUUUCCGAGCGAUAGAUCUAGUUCCCUGGAAGGCUUCCAUAGCCAGUAUAAAAUCAAAAGCGUGUUGACAGCGGGAGGUGUCUCGGGUGAAGAGCUGGAUGAGAACUACGUUCCCAUGAACCCCAACUCGCCACCUCGACAACAUUCCGGCAGCUUUACCGAGCCAAUCCAGGAGCCAAACUAUGUGCCAAUGACCCCAGGGACCUUUGACUUUUCUUCCUUUGGAAUGCAAGUCCCUCCUCCUGCUCAUAUGGGCUUCAGGUCCAGCCCAAAGACCCCUCCCAGGAGGCCAGUUCCUGUUGCUGACUGUGAACCACCCCCGGUGGAUAGGAACCUCAAGCCAGACAGAAAAGGUCAGAGUCCUAAAAUUUUAAGACCCAAACCCCAUGGUUUAGAGCGAACUGAUUCACAAACCAUAGGUGACUUUGCUACAAGAAGAAAGGUCAAGCCGGCACCUUUAGACAUAAAACCUCUGUCAGAAUGGGAAGAGCUGCAAGCCCCAGUCAGAUCUCCCAUCACCAGGAGCUUCGCUCGGGACUCCUCUAGGUUUCCCAUGUCCCCUCGGCCUGAUUCUGUGCACAGUACGACAUCGAGCAGCGACUCUCAUGACAGUGAAGAGAACUAUGUCCCCAUGAAUCCAAAUCUGUCUGGCGAAGACCCGAAUCUCUUUGCCAGCAACAGCCUUGAUGGGGGAAGCAGCCCGAUGAAUAAACCCAAAGGAGACAAACAAGUCGAAUACCUGGAUUUAGACCUAGAUUCUGGGAAGUCCACGCCACCACGGAAGCAAAAGAGCAGUGGUUCUGGCAGCAGCAUGGCAGACGAGAGGGUGGAUUACGUUGUGGUGGACCAACAGAAGACUCUGGCCCUGAAGAGUACCAGAGAAGCUUGGACGGAUGGGAGGCAGUCCACAGAGUCCGAGACACCCACCAAGAAUGUGAAGUGAAGACAUGCCGUCGCCUCUGCCGGCAGACGAGAUCUGAGUGGAAAGAGAGAUGCCAAGUGAAGAUGUUCCCACUCUCAGUGGAGCCUCGAGCCAGCAGGGGCAGAGAGAAGGAUCUCUCACACAUGUUCAAGCAAAUUAGGUUGUGAAUGGUGCUGUGUGGUAUUGGAUUUAUAACGUGUAAAUAACCCGGGGAAAUAGUGUUUUUAGUUCACAGAGAAGCUUCUGUCCCUAAUUAACACACCUGUAGUAUUACUAUACUGAUGCACUUUUCAUUUAAAACCUUGGUUUGGGUCUUCCCGAUCUACCUUAACAGACUUUCCUUGGGAGGUCUUUUGGCCUCCUCACACUACUCUAUAUAACAAUACUAAGUGAACUGAGCUACUUGUAAUUCUGGAAAUUCCAGUUGAAGCUACAGGGCUAACACCAUUAAAACAAGAAGUAAGUUGACACAUUCGCUUUUCUCUUGAAGGUGGUAGCCAUUAGCUUAAGCUGUAGAACAUAGUUGGACUUGUCCUUCGUUGUUUUCCAAAAAUUCCGGGGAUAUUGUAUAUAGCAGGUCAAGACCUAGCUCUCUGACUCAUGUACACUUAGGUUUUAACUGUAGGACUUUGUUAUUAUUAUUUUUUUUGUUAAUGACAGUGUUGGGUUCAUCGUGUGAAGGUUCUGCUGGGUAGGAUCUUGCACCUUUCAAAGACUGCCUCUUAGUUACACUAGUAAGCCCCCAAAUCAUCCACAGCAUGGACUGCUGGCCUGCUCUUACUCCUGUUUAUGUGUUAAACAUUAUCUGCAAAAGGCAGAUUAUACGACUGACCAAUCAGGUACGUACAAGGCACUGAUGUGCUAAUACAGUGAUUGGGUCAGACAAAGUGCUUCAGUUAGUGUGCGUUCGUCCUAAUCUUGGUUUAGAAUUAAUGAAACAGUUGGCGUUCACUGUCAGCAGCAUAGUGUGAUUUUGAAUGAAUUAGGCAGGAAUUCAAGAUUACUACUCUUAGCUCGCUCGCUCUCUCUCUCUCUCCACCGUAGUGCUCUUCCUAGGGUUUUCUUUCUUCUACUUAAUAUCUUCUUGGCCUUAUAUUUAAAUCCCUAUGCAAUUAAUGUUUUAUAUCUGCGUUUUUAAAAAAGAAAUGUCAUUUUAAGUGAUUCUUGUAUGUAGCAAGCACCUAUUGCUUUUGUGAGUAAAUGAAUUAAGACUUUUGUACUGUGAUUUGUACUCACUGCCCCAGUUCCCCAACUGUUGGAGCCUUGCUGCUGUGAAACGCUGUAGUCACCAUAGUUGUGUCCACCACCCAGCCGGGUCUGUGAGUCUCACCUGUCACGUGACAUCGUCUGGUGUGGAUGUUGGCUCUGAAUUAGUGUCACUGCAGUUACACGUGUCUGUCUAGGCUUUGCAAGAUGCUGUAGUCACCAUAGUCGUGACCACCACCUAGCCAGGUCUGUGAGUCUCACCUGUCACGUGCCAUCAUCUGGUGUCACUGCAGUUACACGUGUCUGUCUAGGCUUUGCCGCAACCUUGAGAAGCAGCUAGCAUUUUCCGUUGUUCACACAGUAAGGACAAUGUCUCUGCAUUGAUCUGAGGCUCACUGGUGGCCUGGGGAAGGGACACAGAGAACAGAAUGUCUGCAGCUGAGGCUUGUCUCUCUUCGUUCAGACCUCUUACCUGUUGCCUGAGUACACAAUGCACCCCGCUUUCUGGCCCACUGGCCACGGUGCUGUGCCUAAUCUGAGUUCUCCCCUGGCUUUUCCAGUCAGUUUGAAAGCUGUGUUCAUAACUAGAUGAAGUGUAGAAUAGUAAUAUUAGAUGCUUUUAAAUGUUCGCUUCUUUUUAAACAAAAACUAAAACCCAGAACUGAAUUUUGAGGUGGAUUUUUAAAUAAAAAAAGAUUGAGUUUGCUGUGUGA